UUGCCAACCCGAGGGUUUCCUUCAAAGGGAAGGAGACAUUUUACAAGGUCAUAGACUUAUGUCCAAAGCUGGAGCCUGAGCAGAAGAGACCGCACUGGAAGCUCUUGCCCGGAAGUGUGUCCCACACCUUCUCCUUUGGCGUCCUCACCUACUGCUCCUGGCCUCGGGGUGACAGCUGGAACCAGAGCUGUGGGACCUUCAGGUCCCUGGAAGAUAUUCCUGACUUUGCCUGGAAGGUCUCGGCUGCAAUUCUCCUUGGAGGAUGGCUCUUGUUGGCCUUCAAUGCAGUUCUCCUCCUAUCUUGGGCCCUGGCCCCCAUAGGGCUGUGUCCCAGAAGGGGCAGUGGCCCAAUGCCAGGGGUGAAGGCAGCUGUAGCCACCGCUACCAUUGUGGGCCUGCUGGUUUUCCCCGUCAGCCUGGCCUCCCCAUUUGCCAAGGAAGCCUGCAGAGCCUCCUCUGUGUACCGCAGCGGGCAGUGCCAGCUGGGCUGGGGCUAUGUGACUGCCAUCCUCAACGCAGUGCUAGCCAGCCUUCUGCCUACGAUCGGGUGGCCCCGCAGGACCAAGGUCCAGGGGAGGACCAUCGUCUUCUCCGGUGACACUGAGAAAAUCAUCCUCAUGCCAGAAAUGAGCAAAUAA